AUGCCAGGAAAGAUCCAGACCGGACCGGCUCGUAAGGUUAAGACGAUCGACUUGACCAAGGAGCUGAAAAUUAUUAGGACGAGAUCGGAUUUUGACAAAUUUAUAAACACGCAACGGGACGGCGCUGCCACGGACACCAUGGACGACAUCAACUCGCUCAUCGACUUCGUGGUGCACUCAAAGCCCUCGAACGCGAAUCGUACGAAGCCGAUAAACGAUAACGUGAAGAAGAAGAUUCAAGUGCCUCCCACUGUUUUGUUCAAAGACGAGAACGCAAAGUGCUAUCCUUUUACAAUUCCGCCAAGAUACAUCAGAUACAUACAGACCAGAGUGACGGUGCCUGGUUUGAAGUUAUCGGAUAACACUAUGGUUCACUAUAACCUCUUCAAAGAGGACAAGGCGUUUAUCGACAAUUUUAACUCAAGAUGCUCUGACCUACAGUUGAACACCAACGACUUCCUGAUUAUCAUGGACAUACUCGAAAAGGCGUCCGCACAGUGUCACUCCAGCAAGCCCUUUUCAUACGAACUAGGUCUCCUUGUUGCAAGGGAAAACGGUAUUUCAGUGCCAGCAUACAUCCUCAGGGAAGUCCACGCGCACUGGGUUCGGAGGAGAAACGAGUUUGGCUUUCCAUUGAUAAGACACCUGUGGCCCCAAACAUGUCCUAGUGACGCAUCGCCGCUGGCCCUGUUCAGGCCCCGAGCCAAGGAUAAAAUGUUGUUGAGAAGGUCUAGGAGGACUCAAGCCGAAAAUGUACAAUAUCUAUACCAUUUGAUCGAUGGAUUUAAGAGGGUCCUUAAAAUAUUGAGCAAAAUGAGACAAAGGGACGAAAAGAAGCUGAUUCUGGCAGAAUUGGACAUUGUGCUCUUUGACCAAAAACGCAAUGAACUAAUCGAUCCGACCUACACGUGCCCAUUUUGGAACUGCAUACUCGACAUUAAGAAGUCGCGCUCCAUUAGGAAGAAAAAGUCCAGUUCCAUUGACGAGUCUGGUGGGAAUAAGAUUAAGUUUGACCUCGUGGAGCGUAAUGUCAUGGGGGACAAGGGCACUGACUUGCCGGAAGCGGAAAGCUAUAAGAAGAUGCGCCUCUCCCGGAGGGUGGGACGCGGAGGACGCAUUUGGAUUGAUCGCUACUACCUGACGCUCGACGGCCACCGCGCCAAGGGCGUCGACGGUGCCGUUGGGGGCUCUAGUGUCUCUGACGCACCGGGAGCUACGCCUGAGAGCUCAGGUAGGCCGGCAGCCGGCGUCCCAGCGGGUCUCGGGAGCGCCAACGUGCUCAGGGAUGACGGCCCGUUUGCCCCCGGCCACAGAACGACCUUACUGGGCGGGAAAACCCACGGCUCUCUCGCCGCCAGUGGCGCCAUGGUCAAUGGCUUUGGACCCAGUAUGCAUUCUGCUCCAGUCAAGUCUGAGCACGGGGGCGCCCACCCCAAUUACCCCGGGUUAGUGGGUCAGACCAAUGGCGCACUUGGAUGGAGGACGGUAAGCAGUGGCAGCAGCAGUUUCGACUCCACGCACGUCCAGGUCGACGCCCGCAGCAGCGACAGGUCCAUUCACUCCUCUGAACCCGUUUACGCCAACGACAAGGUGCAGGUUGGCGGCGUGUGGAUAAAUCGUCACCUCGACGAGGCCCUCAGCAUCACCAGCUACGACAACUUUGACAUUUACAACAACGACAUGCCCUUGGACAACAGGCCCUCCUUUGCCAAUCCCUACGAGUCAGGCCACUUUUACAACACGCUAGCUGCAGGUACUGAAUCAGCUGGACAACAUGAGCGUCCACCAGUCAACGGAACCCGUGUAGUCGCCGCCAGAGGUGGCUCGUUGUGUAGACAGUGCCUAACGUCAUUCGCUACAGCGCUUUGA